AUUCAUUAAAAGGAACUUGAAGUGAGCGGUUGUUACAAGUGAUUAGUUUGCAACAUCACUUUAUUAUUAAAGCAAUAUUUAACUGCUCUAUAAGUAUAACAGUAGAAAAUUACAAAUUUUAAUUGAAAUGCUGAAUUUUAAUUUGAUCGCUGCUGUUUGUGAGAAUUCAGGUAUAGGUUUACACGGAGAUUUACCAUGGAGUUUAAAGUCGGAAUAUGAAUAUUUUACACAUACAACGAAACGGCGAUGUGAUAUGACAAAGCAUAAUGUUGUUAUAAUGGGACGGCUAACUUAUUUAAGUAUACCCGAACACGAACGACCGCUUGCAGAUCGCAUUAAUGUUGUUUUAAGCACAACUUUAUCGCCGAUAGAUCUGCCAACAAAUGUGCUCUUAUUUCCUAAUCUGGAGUCAGCAAUGAAACGAUUGGAACAAAGGGAUUUGCGAGAACGAAUCGAAAAGGUUUGGAUAGUUGGCGGAAGUGGGGUUUACAGAGAAGCUAUGUCUUCACCGCGCUGUCAUCGUCUCUAUAUAACAAAUAUUAAACAAAAGUUUAGCUGUGAUAUAUUUUUCCCUGAAAUGCCAUAUAUUUUUAAAGAAAUAGGACCGGAUCCGGAGACGCCAUUAGGUGUACAGGAGGAACAUGGCGUGAAAUAUGAAUACAAAAUUUACCAAAAGUAAUUCUUACUGUUAAUUAAAAAUGUAUACCAUAUAUAAAGUUUGAUAGUAAGAAAAG